AUGGCGGAAUCCGCGCUCCAAUUGCGCGCGUACGACCCUGAGGCGAUGGCGUCGACCACGGUCCCCACCACCGGUGACGCAAAUUCGACGGUUUUUUCGAAAAUUCGGAGUCAAGCUUUACUUCAAGCGGCCGAACGCCGCUCCCAGGACAAAGCCAAGAUGACGGCGUCCAACGCCACCCCGGCCGCCGGCUCAUCGGUCGGAAACAUGAACGCUCCCGCGACGCGCGCCACGGGACGCAAGGGCAAGGCGUUCACGAAGUGGAAGCCGCGCCCAAUGAUCAAAUCUGCUCCCGAAGACUACGUUAUAGUCAUCAAGCCCAGAGAACGUGUUUCUCUUCACGAGGCGUUCACGGAAACCGGCUACGGCACCGCCAUCUCGGCGUACCUCGGGCCGGAACGGGCCCGCGCCACCUCUGUUCUGCCAUCGCGAGACCAAAACAUCAUCAUCGUGCAUACCCUGGACAUCGAGGCGGCCGACCGGCUCAUCGGGGACGUUGCAGUGAAUACCGAGAAGGGAGCGGUCCCACUUCACGGUUACUUGAGACAAGACGGCGGCAACACGUGCCACGGAGUGAUCGUGGUCCGUAACACGGACACCACGGAAACUCUUCAACACCGAGUGUGCUGGCGUGCCGGCACCAUCGUGGAAAUCCGAAAAUUUGGAACAUCCAACAAGGCACGCAUCACCUUCGCGGGUAAGGAGAAGCCCCAUUACGUUUCUGUGCAAAACUAUUACAAAACUAUCCCCGCCUGCGGCCAGUCUGCGGCCAAUGCAUGUCCAAACUUGCAGCCGAACAUGUGUGGACUCUGCGGACUCCAUGCUCCGCUAGUGGAGGGAGUGCGGGCCCCUCACAACUGUGUUCCCCGUUGUUCUGUGUGCGGUGGUGCCCAUGCCACCAACUCUCGCGACUGUGCGGCAAAAUUCCGCACACCCAAGACGGCCGCCAAAAAGAGCGGGAAACAGAAAAUGACGCCCAAGAACAAAAGCCGCCAUCUUGGGCAACCCAGCGACCAGCCGCCACCACACGGCGGCCUGGAGAAACGAGCGGCGGAGACGCACGGCAAAACCGGGGCCUGGGUCAAUGCCGUCAAAAACGGACGCCAGGACCCCCGAGGGCCCGCGUACUCGUAUGCAGGUUCAGAGAACGCGGAGCUGGAUCAGCCGUUCCAGCUGCAUGACCUGAAGGCGGCCCUAGCUAAAAUGAAACGAGGAACGGCACCGGGACGGGACAAGAUAACCGUGAAACUGCUUGCCAAUCUUCCCGACCCCACCUACGAUACCCUCCUCGCUUUCAUCAACUCGAUCUGGCUUGACACCAUGUUUGGUUUCCGCCCGCACCGGUCCGCGCAGGAUGUUCUGCUUCAACUCGACCGAGAAAUUCUCAACCCUGUCGAAUACCCCCUCAACGAUUAG